AUUACAACUUCCGUCAGGGGGAGGGGAAUUUUGGAAACCGAACAACACCAAACGCAAAAGCUCCACAAGAGACCGCAAGGGCGCAGCCUCAACUCACGCGACCAUCACUCUUGCAUUCCGCACUCACAUCUUCCGCCACUAAGGCUCCAGUGUCGUCAUGGAGAACUCGACGGAGCCGCCAGCACCGUCAUCCGCACCUCCGAUACUACGCAAGAGCUCGAGCUUGCCCGCGUACGAUCUGGCGCUGCGCGGAGACGACGCAGACGCGGCCAACAGCAGCGGCGACGACACCAACAGCGCCCGUGUGGCCUCCAUCGCCGAGGAAGAGGACGCCGUAUCGCUCUCCUCGGCCUCAGAGCUCAGUCUGCGGGGCGCCAACGGGGAGACAGCAUCAGCCCCCAACGCGCCAACGCCGCUGGACACUGCCAUGUCGCCGUCCCCGUCUUCCACGUCCUCCGACCGCGCGGCCAAUGACGCGCCCGACGUCACGACUGAGAGUAAGGAUAUCGUACCGCAGCUACCCAAGGUCGGCAGCGCUCGCUCCGCCCCGACGCUAGAGCGGUCCCACACGUCUAGUGAACUCAUUGGCCUUCGCACUAGGGAAAGACAAACGAACGAGUCAGCCUAUUCGAGUCCGUCGUCGGGAUCCGCUCCAUCUUUUGAGAUCGAGAGCGUGACACUCCCUACAGAUGGAGUCACUGAGGCGGAGAUUGAAAAGACGACGCACACGGUCUUUUCGGUCGAAGUAAGACUGCAGGGAGGUCUGCAGUGGCUCAUUCGCAAGCGCUACUCGGACUUUAGAGAACUCCAUGAACGCCUCAAGAGAACCAGCUCGCCCGUCAAGCAGUUGUACUUCCCUAAGCGUCAUGUGUUCCGCAAUCGCCAUCAAAGUGUCGUGGAGCAGCGACGCAGUGAGCUGGAAAAGUACAUUAACGAGGUUCUGGAUAUUCGACCGCUCAUUCGGGUGCCGUUGUUUAACUUCUUGGAGGUGUAUGCGCAUAUGGAGUCGUACGAACGCAAACUGCAGCGACACAAGAAGGAACUGGAGUCGGAGAGGAUGAAGAACAUGCUGCCACCUGAGCAGCUAGAGGAUUUCUCGGCCGCUUUCAAGAGGCUUUGCUCUUCUAAAUAUUUAUACCAUGGAAAUACGUCCGGUGGACAUAAGACAGAGGCCGAGAGCUCACGCAGCUCGACAAGCUCGGCGCCAACCUCGUCGGGAGGACGUCCCCCCACGUCACCAGUGAAGGAUACGGCGGCCCCGACUAGUGCUGGCGAGCCUUCGAAGGGCAGUACGACGGAUGAGAACGGCAACCGCCACAGUGUCAUCAUGCACACGGCUGGAUCGCAGAUUUGUAUUAGCCGCGCUUCCUUCCGUAGGGACAUUCUCGGUGUUUUCCCGGAUAUGCCGUCGAGCUUCGCUAUGCGCUUUAUGAAAGCUGUAUCUGAUCGUCAAGGCUCGGACAUUAAUAUGGACGAAUUCUUGCGGGCAGUGGCGAUCUUAAGCUGUGGUACGAUGGAAGACCAGCUUCAAUUUGUCUUCAACAUGUGCGACCUGGAUCAUGCAGGGAAAGUGCAGAGUACAGGGCUCAGCAACUUCUUGGUGUCGCUUCAUGGAAGAAAUGUGCUCGAUCGACCGGAAUAUCGUCGUUUGCUGAGUGAAGGGUUCGAUCAGGGGCGGGUACGCAUGAGCUGCGAUGAUUUCAUCAAGAUUGUUCCGGAGCUCAAGGCAUAUCACACGCUGGUGGACUGGAUGGCACCGUUUGCCGAUAUUUUAUGCGAGACAGCUGACCCACAGCUUCUGGAGUCACAGGAAGAAUUCAACCCUGUAGUACAGCAGAAGAUCCUCGCGAAUGAGACACACUUUACUGCUAAGGAGGUGGCUGUCCUGCAAGACGCCUUUAACAACUAUCGUGCCUCGGGAGGCGGUGAUGCCGUGGACGUGGAUGCACUUACUAGUGAUUUCCCGCUGGAGAUGAACGAGGAUCGGUUUUGUCGCGUGUUUACCAGCUUUGGCUCGCGCGCGAAUGGAUCUGAAAUUGACGUGUUCAGCUUCGUUAGCGCGUUGUCAAUCGCUUGCCGAGGUAGUACUAAGGAGAAAGCUGAAUUUGCAUUCAAACUCUUUGCGAGCGUUGAGGAUGGCUCAUACAUGACACGCGAAGAUAUCUACAGUAUGCUUCGACUGGACAUUACGCAGAAUCCCGAGUUGGAAAGUCAAAUUACGGCUCUCAUUGAGAAGAAGCACCCAGCUCUAAACGCUACGAAAAGCUCCUCGUCCUCGUCUCUGAUUGAGAGCAUGGGUCCAAGGACACCGUCAGUAUCGGGAUCGGAAUUGGGUAUUUUCGUUGAUGGCAUCAUGAAAGGCUUUGGACAGAGGAGAAAAAUUUGGGAUGCGAGCUCGUCUUCAGCGCAGACUGAAGCUCUAACUCUUACACUUGAAGAGUUCACGGCGUGGGCAAUCAAGCAAAAGUACGAGAUGGCAACGCUGCGAAUCAUGCGCGAGGUGGCGUUUAUAGACCUGGGCUUAGUUCCGGCCACGAAGGAGGAAGAACUGUUAAUCGCGACGGGUUGCUACACUCCGUACGACCCGACCACAUUGGUAGAGGACGACCGAUGGUAUCUGCUUGAGCGCAAGUGGUAUAUUCACUGGUGCAGAUACAUCAAAAUUCAUGUGAAGGAGUCUCUGUCUCUGUCACCUCCUGUAUCGAACCCUCCCACAAGCACUUCUUCCACUUCUACUCCUAGCACGUCAAAGGUGCAGGUCAAUGGUGGUAGCACCUCCAACAAGGACAACUACAUGAAGAACCUCAAGGGAGAGAUUGUCCGUCCGAAGUGCAUUAAUAACUACCCGCUGCUCACGAGUGAUCGUCGUGAUCGAAUUCUCAAGACAUCCGACGAAAUCAAGCUAGGGCGUCACUACGUUAUAAUAUGCGAGCAGUUGUGGAUGGCACUUAAGCUGUGGUAUGGUGGUGGUCCAGAGAUUCAGCGUCAGGUUGUAAUUGCUGGUGACGGUGAGACCAUGCUGGACAUUUGGGAAGCCGAGACGAAGAAAAAACUCUUGAAGAAGAAGUCUAAGAGUAAGGGAACGGACACGGAUAUGGAAGAGGAAGACGAUGUCGACGACGUGGAAGACGAUUCCUCUUCUGUACCGUCUGAAGAAGAAAGUCGUCGAAAGCAGGAACUCGCUCUUCCACGCCGCAUGCGAUCGGGUGGCUCCGUUGGACUCGCGAAUCUUGGCAACACGUGCUAUAUGAACUCUGCCUUGCAAUGCCUAACUAACACGAAGCUGCUGGCUGAAUACUUCCUAUCAGGAAUGUAUUUGGAGGACAUCAAUCGCACCAGCACGCUAGGACUGCAAGGUAAGUUGGCAGAGGUCUACGGUAAGCUCGCUGAAGACAUGUGGUGUGUGAAGCAGAAGUCCAUUUCUCCGCGCAACUUCAAGAAAUCCAUUGGCAAAUUUAAUGAAGUAUUCCGUGGCAAUGACCAGCAAGACGCUCAGGAGCUGCUUGCCUUUUUGCUGAGUGGAUUAAGCGAGGACCUGAAUCGUAUUCAAGAUAAACCCUACAUCGAGCAGCCAGACAGCGAUGGCCGCUACGAUGCUGACCUGGCGGAUGAAUGGUGGCGCAACCACUUAAGGCGUGAGGUAUCAAUUGUUGUUGCGUUAUUCACGGGUCAGUACAAGUCGCUGCUGACAUGCAGCGUUUGCGGCUUCAAGUCGGCUCGAUUCGAGCCGUUUACCUUUCUCCAGGUACCACUACCAGAGCCCAAACAUAACACGGUGACGGUGCAGUUGAUGCUCGCCAAUGGUGUCACUCCGAUGAAGGUGUCUGUGCGACUAAGUAUCUCCGCGACGAUCUUUGAUCUGAAGCACGAGCUGAUGAAAAUGUGCCACGAAGAGUUCGAUUUGCCCGACGUCUCCGAGAGUGACAUCAAGUUGUGCGAGUUUAGCGGAUCGAUGAUCUUGAGCUUCAAGGCCGACAAUCGUCGGGUGGGUCAGAUUCGCAGUAUUGACCGGCUCAUUGCGUUUCAAUUGGAGCCGCUCGACUCGGAAACUAUUCAAGCCACUCGUCAUCGUCGCCCCUCGUACGUUCAGAUGAUUGGAUCUGGUGGUCUACGACCAGAUGAGACUGAUCACUCGGCGUUCUACGAGAAAUUGGCAAAAGGCGUGUUGGUCGAUGUGCGCAUGCGAACCCAAACGCACGAAUACAUUCCGGCUGUUGUUUUGGAACCGCCUACAGCUCAUGCUGACUACGAAGACCAACCUGUUGUUCUUGUACGUCUCCGUCGCACAGAGGAUGAAAUCAAGGUGCCGCUGAAUCGGUUACGACCUCGCCAAGCCCGACUGCUGUACAUCCCCCUGCUUUCACGUAAGCUAAGCUACUCGGCUGUGUACUUUAAGAACCCCUUCAGACCUGUUCCUUUCGGCUCGCCAAACCUCGUGCGCCUCUGUCCCGAACUUACGACCGGAUUGCACUUGUAUCAGUUGGUGUGGGAACGCGUGAAGCAGUAUGUGGGCCCCGAUGCAAAGCCCCCAACCGAGUGGGACGAGGACGAGACGCGGAAUGCCGACCGCCUUGUUGCUAAUCAUAUUGACAGCGUCUUUGCGGGUCUCGACGAUGCGUCUGUGGUUUUUAGCUCGAAGUGCGGCUUCCUGCUGCGUCGCGUGGAGAACAAAGGGCUGACCGACUCGCGAUCAUCGUGGCUGACACGCAGCUUCGGAUUGACGAUCCCGUGCACAUCGGAGCCUUUAGACGUUCUGGAAGAAGAAGCAAUUGCGAUUGACUGGGACCUCAGUGUGUUCCAGGACCGGGAAACAAUGGACAAGAUGAAGCACGUCGAGAACCACGAAAGCGUCGCACGUAACGAGGCUAUUGACAAGGGUCCUGUACCGCUGAAACACUGCUUGGACGCAUUUACAAGCGAGGAGAAGAUCAGCGAGGGUUACUGCUCGAGCUGCAGGAAACAUCAGGAAAUGACGAAGAAGCUCGAGAUCUGGCGACUCCCGCCAGUGAUGGUGGUGCAUUUGAAGCGUUUCCAGUACACGCAGACAUACCGACGGAAGCUAGCAUCACUCGUGGAGUUUCCCAUUCAUGACCUGGACCUACAAUGUUGCGUAGCUCCGCAUAUCGAAAUUCCGGAGAAGUACCCGAUGAAGAGAUCAAAGAGUACCUCAAGUGGGAUGUCGGCCCCUGCUCGUAAGCUAAUUAAGCUAAGAUCUCGUGGUGGGAGUACCGCUAGCAACGGAUCUACUGCGCCUACAUCUCACAAUGCGACAGACGGGGUUGCUGCUAGUUCCGAUACGGACAAACCCCACGGCCAAGUGGCCGAGUUGGAAGAAGACACCCGCGGAGAGAAACCGGAAGAUAGUGAACUGCCAGCUGAAGCUGAAGACGCUGCUGCUGACGGCGAGUCCUCGUCACCCGAUACGAAGAUAGGUAACAGUACGACGGCGGACACCGAAGCCACUUGUACGACCACGACCGAUAGCCAACGUGCAGUUGUAGCUCAAGCAGCAGCGGUACGUAACCGCGUGCGUCGUGGGUACACGAAUUCAAACUUGGAUCAGUCACGAUGUCUGGAGACCAAGUACAAUUUGUACGGUGUCGUGAAUCACCAGGGUGCGCUUGGAGGAGGUCACUACACGGCCUAUGCAAAGAACUUUGUAGACGACCAAUGGUAUUAUUACGACGACGAGCGUGUCCGUGUUGUGGAGGAACAGCAAGUCGUUAGUCCGUCAGCCUACUUGCUGUUCUACCUCCGUUCAGACAUGGAAGGCGUGCUGGUGAAGGACCUGUUCCCGAAAAACAUGAAGCCAGGCAAGAUCACGGACGAGGACAUCGAACGUUUUGUAGAGGAAGGAGACGAGCGUCGCUGCAGCAUCAUGUAAAGCUUCAACUGGUGCGUUCUAAUACUCUAAUUCGCCAUAUGUGCAUUUUGUCCUGUAGACAUGCGCCAAACCAAUAAGGAAGUUCUCAAAUAUUAUAGAUUCGUAUUGCUCAUGUUG